AAUAAAUUUUAAUUAAAAAAUGUUUAUAAUGAAAGUAACUUAAAUAAUGAUCGAGUAUUGUAAAUUUGACUAAAAUCACUAAAAUCAAUGAAAAGUUUGAUGUAUGUACAGUACAGUCAAUCACACUGCAACCAAAUAAGGAGUUGGCGUUGGGUGGGACAAAAGUAGACAGACUUUAUGUUCAUUGAGAGUACAGUGUGCAUGUGCAUCAGACGUAGAUAACAGCGAGUUAGUGAAAGUGGUUGAUUGUGUUAUUUUAGAAGAAAUUUUGAGAAUUAUUUUAUUAAAAGUUCAUUGAACGAAUAGACUGCAAUUAAACAUGUCUUAUGAAACCAAAUUCAUUUUUGCUACCUUACCUCGCACGCAAAGAGGUCAACCCUUAGUUUUGGGUAGUGAUCCAAAGGGUAAAAAUAUUUUAUACACCAAUGGGAAUAGUGUUAUUAUUAGAAAUAUUGAUAAUCCAGCUGUUGCUGAUAUUUAUACAGAACAUUCUUGCCCUGUAAACGUUGCCAAAUAUUCUCCCAGUGGAUUUUAUAUAGCUUCUGGAGAUCAGUCAGGAAAAAUUCGCAUCUGGGAUACUGUUAACAAAGAGCACAUUUUAAAAAAUGAAUUUCAACCCAUUAGUGGACCUAUAAAAGAUAUUGCUUGGUCACCAGACAGCCAACGUUUAAUUGUUGUUGGUGAGGGUAGAGAAAGAUUUGGUCAUGUAUUUAUGGCAGAAACUGGAACAUCUGUGGGUGAAAUUUCAGGACAAAGCAAAUCGAUUAAUUCUUGUGAUUUUCGACCCACGAGACCUUUUAGACUUAUAACUGGAAGCGAAGAUAAUACAAUUGCCAUUUUCGAGGGUCCACCGUUUAAAUUCAAGAUGACAAAACAAGAUCACACUCGCUUCGUACAAGCAGUACGUUAUUCACCAUCUGGGAACCUUUUUGCUUCCGCGGGAUUUGAUGGAAAAGUGUUUAUUUAUGAUGGAGUAUCUUCAGAAAUUGUUGGUGAAAUAGGUUCUCCAGCCCACCAAGGCGGAGUUUAUGGGGUUGCGUGGAAACCAGAUGGUACACAGUUAUUGACAGCUUCAGGUGAUAAAACUUGUAAAUUAUGGGAUGUUGAAACACGAUCAAUGAUUUGUGAAUUUAACAUGGGAUCAGCGGUUGAUGAUCAACAAGUCAGUUGUUUAUGGCAAGGAACAAAUUUGAUAACGGUAUCACUCAGUGGAUUCAUAAACUACCUUAACGUCGACGAUCCCACUAAACCUUUGAAAAUAGUAAAAGGACACAACAAACCAAUUACGGUGUUGGCUCUAAGUCCUGAAAGGGAUUCAAUCUUUACUGGAUCUCACGAUGGCUACAUUACAAAAUGGAACGCCAUUAGUGGAGAAAAUGAUCGAAUUGACGGUCAAGGACAUGGAAAUCAAAUCAAUGGAAUGAAGGCAGUUGAUAAUUAUUUAUACACUGCUGGAAUAGACGACACCUUGCGAAUCGUCGAUAUUCAGACCAAUUCCUACAUUGAAUCUGCAGCUUUAAAACUUGAUUCCCAACCUCGAGGUCUUGAUAUUCGUGGCAAUAUUGUUGUCGUUGCAUCUGUUAAACAGUUGACUGUUAUUCAAGAUAAAAAGAAAGUAGCAACUUGUUCUGUAAAUUAUGAGCCGUCAUGUAUUUCAAUUAAUCAAGAAAACGGAGAAGUGGCCGUUGGGUCGGCUUCUGAUAAUAAGGUUUAUAUUUACACCUUGGAAGAUUCAAAACUUUCUCCUAAACAAGAAUUGGAGCAUUUAGGUGCAGUAACAGAUGUUGCGUAUAGUCCUGAUAAUAAAUACUUGGUAGCUUGCGAUGCAAACAGGAAGGUGAUUUUGUAUUCGCUUCCGGACUAUAAGAAGUUUGCACAUAAUCGGGAGUGGGGUUUCCAUAACGCGAGAGUCAAUUCUGUCGCUUGGUCACCGGAUUCAAUCAUGGUAGCAAGUGGUAGUCUCGAUACAACUAUCAUAAUUUGGAGCUUAACCAAUCCAGCAAAACACACAAUUAUUAAAAAUGCACAUCCACAGAGUCAAAUUACUCGUCUUGUUUGGUUAGAUGAAGAAACAUUGAUUUCUGUUGGUCAAGACUGCAAUACAAAAAUAUGGCGCAUAGAGAAGAUAUAAAUCUUCUGUAAAACCAAAAAGGUUUUUCUUAUUAUUAUUGUGGCAUAACUAACUACAAAUGCAUUUUAUUUAUUUAUAAUAUAACAUACAUUUAGAUUUAUUAAGUAUAUUUUUUGUAACGCAAGUGAGAUAAUUAUUGUUUAACUUUAACAAUAAUAAACAACUUUUUAAAUUUUGUA